UUGGUGGGUUGGUUUUUGGCCUUGGCUUGCAUCUCACCAUUGGAAAUGGUGCUGGUCUUCUUCAUCACUUCACCUUGCAGUUGUGUGCCACUAGCACUAGCACUAGUAGUAGCUCCACAUUCACUUGCUCCUUUUGAUGCCACACUCACACAUUUAUUUAUUUUUAGGGUUUGUGGUGGUCAUAUGAAGGGAGGAAGAGGGCCCUUAAACUGAACCUGUACUUUGCUUGUCAUGAAGGGGCCUCCACCCUUCAUUUCCUCCUCCUAGGACAAAGAUCACAGGAGGUGGGAUAGUUAUAGUUAUACCCGUCCCAUUCAAUGGCUUGAGUGGGAAAAGCUGGCCUCUUUUUUAAAUUCCAAAUCCGGCUCCAGUCUCUCCUUGCCAUUUUUUUUCUUGGUUCUUGAAGCUAAAGCCCCUCAUCAGCAAGUGGUUCUGCAUUUCUGCAGAAAACAAUUGAUAUUAUCAGUGGUUUUUCUGUGGCAUUGGAUUCCUGAAGGAUACCUUACCAGAACAUGAGGAGCACAAGAUCAUGCAGUGCAUUGGAGAUUGCUUGCCAAGGUUUGUGAUUUGGUGGUAGCCAUGGAGGAAGAGAAGGAGGCUGGGAGCUUUCUUGAUGUGCCCAAGGAUAUCCCCAUUGCCGCCACCAAGUCGCUCACCAUCCGCACCAAUGGCGGAUUCAGCAGCAGCUCCGACCGGUCAAACCCCAUCUCGCCGGCCAUCUCCAUCACCCCGCACCUCUACUCGCCGUCGCCGCCGUCCUCCGCGUUCGUGUCGGCGCUGCAGUCGCCGUACAUCUCGCCUCGAGUCCUCGAGCCCCCGACUCCCGCUGCGGCGCCGCCGCCACCGCAGGAAGCGGCGGCGCCGUCGCCGCCGGCGUCCUACUCCAACUCGGAGGACACCGAUGCGCCGAGCGCGUCGCGGACGCCGCCGUCCGAGCGCUACGACUCCGGCGGCAUCGACCCGGCCACCAAGGUCUCCGACUGCGGCGGCGGCGUGCAGCCGCGCGUGUCGUUCUCGUUCCCCGUGCCGCGGGUGUCCUUCACCCGCGGCUCCGUGGCGUCGCCGUCGUCGAACGCCAAGCUCCGGAGCUGCGACGUGUACAUCGGCUACCACGGCAAUGGCAGCCUCGGCCGGUUCUGCAAGUGGCUCAAGUCGGAGCUCGAGCUGCAGGGCAUCGCCUCCUUCGUCGCCGACCGGGCCAAGUACUCCGACACGCAGAGCCAUGAGAUCGCCGACCGGAUCAUCUGCUCCGUCGCAUUCGGCGUCAUAGUCGUCACCAUGUCAAGUUUCCUCAAUCCGUUCAGCCUCGAGGAGAUCAGGUUCUUUGCUCAGAAGAAGAACCUGGUGCCCAUACUGUUCGACACCGAGCCACCGGAGAUCGCGGGGCUUUUCGACGGCAAAUUGGAGGAUAAGGAGGGGAAGGAAGCGUUCGAAGGAUUGAUGCGGUGCCAUGAGUUUAAGCUUGAGGCGAAUGAGACCAAUUGGAGAAGCUGCGUGUCCAAGACGGUCACCUUGCUGCGGUCCAAGCUUGGCAGGAAGAGCAUUGCUGAGAAGGAGAGUGAAGGGCCUGAAGGAAUGCCUUUUCCGCGGAACCGGCAUUUCGUUGGAAGGGAGAAGGAGCUAAGUGAAAUUGAAGGAAUGUUCUUCGGUUCCACGGUGGAUAUCCAAGAGGUUGAUUGCCCGAGGGGUUCCGCUGCGAAUGACAGAUCGAGUGGUGUGUCUGAUGGGUUUGCUGAUGAGGAGAGUGACACAGUGAGGACAUCGAAUGCCAGGUAUAUCAGUUUGGAGAUGCGCAAGUGCAAGGAGCCGACAUUGGAGGCCUGGAUUGAUCCAGUUAUAGAGUUAUCAUCGGGUAAAGGGAGAAAUCUUCAGAAGCAGAGAUCAAAGCACAGGAGGUCAAGGUUUCGGUGCAACAGCAAAGGAUAUGGCAGUGCCAGUGUGCUCUGCAUCACUGGUUCUUCAGGAAUUGGCAAGACUGAACUGGCAUUGGAAUUUGCUUACCGGUAUUCACAGCGGUACAAGAUGGUCCUGUGGAUUGGAGGUGAAGCUCGGUAUUUGAGGCAAAACAUACUCAAUUUAUCCAUGAAUUUGGGAUUGGACAUCAGUGCAGAGGCUGAGAAGGAGAGAGGUAGGAUCAGGAGCUUUGAGGAGCAGGAGUUUGAUGCUUUUCAGAGGGUGAAGCGGGAGCUGUUCCGCGACGUGCCGUACUUGCUUGUCAUUGAUAACCUUGAGAGUGAGAGGGAUUGGUGGGAAGGUAAGGAUCUCCAUGACUUCAUCCCUAGGAACACUGGAGCGACACAUGUCAUUGUGACCACACGUUUACCACGUGUGAUUAACCUUGAACCGAUGCAACUGCCACAGCUCUCAUACAAUGAUGCCAUGAUAUUGAUAAAGGGGAAGCAGAAGAAUGACUAUCCGCCUGAGGAAAUGGAAGUUCUUAGGAAGCUUGACGAGCGGUUAGGUCGGUUGAGCUUUGGCCUGUGGAUCGUUGGUUCACUGCUGUCUGAGCUCAUGAUUACACCUUCCACUCUGUUUGAGGCUGUCGAGAGAAUAUCACUGAAUGAGAGUUUGUUCCCACUUGGUGCCAAUGACGAUGGCUUCUGUCGUAACAAUUCUUUCCUAAUAAAGGUCCUGGUCUUUUGUUUUGCAUUGAUGGACCGAGCAAAAGGAGGAAGCCUUACCUCAAAGAUGAUUAUCGCUGGUUCUUGGUUAGCUCCUGCUCCUGUGUCGUCUACGCUAUUAGCUGCAACAGCGAGCAAGCUACCAAUGAAAGGCAGUAUGCACCUGUUGGGUGAAUCCCUGAAGACUGCAUUUCUAUGCGGCACACAUUGCUUUCUAGCUCCACAUGGUCGAAAAGCUGAGGUGGAGUCAGCACUCUUACUUGUCAAGCUUGGGCUGGCAAGAAAGGCAACUCGUCAUCCUGGCUGCUGGAUCCAGUUCCACCCAAUAACACAGCUCUUUGGCAAGAUUAGGGGAGGUUUGGCACCAACAACUGCAGCAGUGAACGGCGUAAUGAGGGCUGGUAACCCCUCAGUGUACUCGGACCACUUAUGGGCUAGUGCAUUCCUUGUGUUUGGUUUCAAGUCUGAACCACCUUCUGUUCAGCUCAAGGCAGUCGACAUGGUGCAUUUCAUAAGGAAGACGGCACUUCCCUUGGCAAUUGACUCCUUCAUGACAUUCUCACGGUGCGGCUCGGCUUUAGAACUGCUCAAGGUGUGCACCAAUGUCCUUGAGGAGGUGGAGAAGUCUUACGCAUCGCGGAUCCAGGACCUGAACCGUGGGUCGCUUUGCUGGAGGAAGAAGCUGCAACCGAAUCACCGUGUCGAUGAGUUUGUCUGGCAGGAAGUGACGCUGCUCAAAGCGACACUGCUCGAGACGAGGGCGAAGCUGUUGCUCCGAGGUGGGCUGUUUGACACCGGCGAAGAAUUGUGCAGGACUUGCAUUAGCAUCCGGACUGUUAUGCUUGGCCAUGGUCAUGCCCAUACACUGGCUGCUCAAGAGACAUUGGCAAAGCUGGUCAGAUACAGGAGUAAGAUUUGAGAUCAUAUCUGAAACCCUUGUGAGUUGCUGCAAUGUACUGAUGUGUAUUCCUUUGUUACUGUCUUAUAGAGGGUGAUCAGAAGUUUUCAUGUCUCGGCAUUUCUGAAUCUGUGACGCCAACAAGUUUUGUUAGUGAUGGUCAUAUGAUAGCCAAAAGCUUCACGGUGCCAUAUGAAUGUAACUUGAGUCGCUAUGUACAGUACAGUUCAGUUACUAUUUCAUAAAACUUUUAAUCUCUUUACUGUUGA